AUGGAUUUAGAUAAAUUAAUUGAUUGGGCAACUAUCAAUGGUUGUAAAAUAUCGUCAAGUAUAGAAUUCAAACAAAUAUCACAGAACAAUUAUGGAGCAAUACUAAAAUCAAAAUCAGAAAAGCCUAAAAUUACAUUAUCUGAAAAUUUAAUAAUAACAAGCAAACAAUCACUUAAUUUAUUUGACAAAGAGACAUAUAAUAAUUCUUCAAAUAAGAAUUCAUUAUUGAAAUUUUAUCUAUGUCAUGAAAGAACCAAAUCAGGCACAUUCUUCGACAUUUAUUUCAAAUCAUUACCUAGUUUAUCACAAAUUGAUUCUCCGUAUACUUGGUCUUCUCAAGAUAAAGCAUACUUAAAAGGAACAAACUUAGGAAGCUCCUUGAAUGAGAAUCUAGCAACUUUAGUUGAAGAAUGGUGGGAAGUAUUAAAUAAAUUACCUGAAUCAAUACCAAAACCUACUAAUCAUUACAUUAAUAUGAAAUUUUAUUAUGAGUAUAAAUUUUAUAAGGAUGAUGAUUAUUUUGAGAUGUUUAAAAAUGAAGAUGUUGACAAUUGGACAAGUUUUACUUCAUAUUUAUGGGCUUCUUUAAUUUUAAAAAGUCGAAGUUUUCCAUCUUAUUUAUUAUCUGAGACAUUUGAAAAGAAUGAGUGUAUGCUCUUACCUAUAAUUGAUUUAUUAAAUCAUGAUUCAAAAGCAAAAGUAGAUUGGAGGGUAGAAAAUGAUGGUUUUGAAUUCACUUCAAAUGAUGAACUACUCCAGGGUGAUGAGAUAUUCAAUAAUUAUGGUUUAAAAGGUAAUGAAGAAUUAUUACUUGCAUAUGGAUUUGCUAUUGAAAAUAAUUCCAAUGAUUCAAUUGCAUUAAAAAUAAAAUUACCACAGGAAAAGGUCAAAGAAAUUGAAUCCUUGGGUAUCAAAUUACCUAAUUUAGAUGAUUAUACUAAUUCAAUAAUUGAAAAAGAAACAUAUAGACAAGUUGAAAGUAAAAAAGAUUACUCAGAUGGUUUAUUGUUUUUUAUUAAUGCAAAUGGAGUGCCUGAGAAUUUAAUACAAACGUUUCAAGCAUUAGUUAAAAAUCAGUGGGAAGAUACUGAAUCCAUAACUUUGAGAAUGAAAUUAUCUGGCUUAAAUCAUUUAAGAACUGCCUUAGAAAGUAAGAAAGAAUUAGUUCAAUUAAGUAUACCUCAAGAUACUACUCAUCAUAAAUAUAUCAAAUGGUAUAAUGAAUCACAGCAUAAAUUAUACAAUUCAUCAAUUAAACAAAUUAAACAAAUGGAAAACAAAAUAUUAAGUGAAUCUAAAUCAAAUUUGAUAACUUUGAAAAGUGUAUAUAAGAAAGAUGUCAAGUUCCAACAAUCAUUAUUAUUUUUAGGUUUCCCCGAUUAUGAAACAAUUUUAGAAUCCGAGUUUCAAGAUCAAUGUUGGUUAUUAUGGUUAAUACGUGUAUAUAAUAAGAAACCAGACGAUGAAGUAUUACCACAUUGGAUCCAAUCAUUAUUCAAACAUUUAAGGAACACAUAUGAUAUAACAACUCAAGAUGUUUUAAAUUAUAGAUCAAUUUACGAGAAUUUAGUACCUGAUUUACAACUUCAGGUGCCUGAAAUUUACAAUAUUGGUGACUGGACAUUAUCCGAAUUCAUCAUAUCUGGUAAAUUAUUAGAUCUAAUUUCAUUUGUUCGAGGUAAAGAACAAGAAUGUAUAUUAGUUGAACAAAUUUAUAAAAUCUAA